AUGCACUGUUCUGGACUCACCCUUGACACACGAGACGAGGUUGAUAGUCAGGCAAUGAUUGAUUUCGAAGAAGCUCUGCUUCAGCAAGAAAGCUGGGUACCCUCUGUUGAAAAUCUAGCAGACACUGCUCUAUACUCAGAAGACGAAAAUGAGAAAAUACCGGAUAUUUUCGACCCCGAUGCAAGGCGUUACAGAAAUCAGGAAUGGGUCGGCGAUUCAUAUGUUGAUCGUAAUCGCAAAGAAAUUUUCAUUGAAAGCAAGUAUUCCGCUGUCACAAAGUUGAAUCUUGGAGAUGUUACCGAGGUGAGGCAAGUUGAUGAUAAGGAUGGCUUCGACCAAUUGGUAUUACCAAAGGGCCAUAAGGAUAUGGUGAAGUGUCUAAUCAGACAGCAUUUCAGAGAGAAGGAGUCGAAGCUGGCAGAUAAGGAUGAAAUGGAUGUAGUGCGUGGGAAAGGUAAAGGAUUGAUCAUGCUCUUGCACGGAGCACCUGGGGUGGGCAAAACUUCCACAGCAGAAAAGAACUAUGACAAUGAUGCAGGAGAUCUUGGAUCAGAAGCCGCUGAAGUCGAAGCAGCACUCGAAACUAAUUUUUCGCUUGCAAACAGAUGGGGCUGUAUUCUGCUGAUUGACGAAGCAGAUAUCUUCUUGGCAGAGAGGACUAGGCACGACUUUCUGCGCAAUGCCCUUGUAGUGGUUUUUCUGCGUGUUUUGGAGUACUACGCAGGCAUCCUUUUUCUUACCACGAAUCGGGUUGGUGCUUUCGAUGAGGCGUUCACGUCCAGGAUUCACGUCAGUCUGUACUAUCCACAACUUGAUUGGAAUUCCACCCUGGAGAUAUUCAAAAUGAAUAUGCAACGGGUGAAAGAUAGAUUUGUGAAGAGAAACAGAAAUUUAAAGAUCGAUGAGGCGGAUAUUGGUGCUUUUGCAAGGACACUCGCUCUUGCCGAAUACGAUGCUCAAGGAGACGGUGAUUCUACAAGUCUCACUGACAACAUCAACAAACAAGUAAUUUUAAAGGGAAGUCAUUUUGAAACAGUUUCCGAAGCGUACCUUGGGUUUGUUAAUUACCUGAAAGAAGUGAAUCAUGGGGUGGGUACGUCCAAGAGAGCUCUUGACAGGAGUUAUCGAGACGAUGAAUUUGGAGAGCCCAAGAGUUCAAGUUGGAGUCGUAUUGGGGCACGAAGAGGGAGUGUCCCGCCAAUACCACUAGUAACAUCAAAUCCUCGCCUUCCAUCCGAUCAAAAUUUUCGGGACGAUCGCCGUCAACAGUUUGGUAGAAAGAUGCCUUCAUGUGUACCAGUUAACGAUUAUGACCAGUCAUAUCACGUUAAUCAUUAUCAAGAUCCAUGCUUGAGUCUGAAUCUUGUCGAUAGACGACAAGCUCAGCCAAUGGAGCUAAAUCGCGGCAGAGACUUCCCGCAGAAUGCCUAUAGCUUCCGAGAAGACCCCAACGACAGGGGUGACCUAAGUCGGAACUAUACCACCACUAGCGAGGGUGGAAUGAGGAUAGCUCAACAACCCAGUCAAACUCAUCAAGGCCCGCAAGCCUGGUCUAUAUCGGACAGAACGGAGAGAAAUGAUGGUUCCAACUAUGUAAGCUAUGUAUCGGAUCCAAACACGUCUGGUAUGGAAAGAAGAGGGUUCCAUCCCGAGGAUAGAUAUGACAACCAAUCAAGGCUUCCUAGUAGGGGGGCUGACAACCAGAGAACGAAUUCUGGAGGAUUUCAAAACGCAACCAGUCAAGGUUAA